AACUGCAAACGUGCUGCACGUGAUCGCCGACCGGAGUGCGCCGCUCGAUACACCCAGGCUGGGGUCAAAACCCGAAAAAAAGAACGGAAGCGAUUGGACAGGGCAAAAACACUUAAACAACAGCAUAUUAAUAACAAAUCGCAAUCAAACGCACGGGUUCAGGUAGUGUCCUUAACUGGUUUGAGGACAAUGAGGAAUCCGAAAAUACGAUGGACAGUAAAUUCUACUGCUCGUUGAAAUAUACUGAAGACUUUAAGCAUUUGUUUUCAGAAACCCAUGAAGGGACGCAUAUCGAAAGGACGAAAACACUUUUUGAAGAGAUCCGUGCCUCUGUCAACAACAACGAGGAACAGGACCGCUCCUUUUGGAGACCAGUGCUGCCCUGGGGAGGUGUGUACACCAUCCGGGCCGGGCGCAAUGCCAUUUCCUGCACUCCCUUGUACGUGAAGAUCAGCCUCAAGAACACCUGUACCAUUGAUGGCUUUCUCAUGCUCCUAUAUGUCAUUCUGCGUGAGAACAAGGCCUUCCCACGUGAGGUGGGGCUCUUUCUGGGUAAGGACUUUGUGGAACAUUUCCUGUACCUAAUGGACUCCUAUGACUACACCACUGUUAAGUUGCUGUGGAUCUGGGACAAGAUGUCCAAGCAGCAGUACAGGUCGGAGAUUCACCGGGCGGCUCUGGAGAUCGACCUGUUUGGCAACGAGCAUGAGAACUUCACUAAGAACUUGGAGAACCUAAUGUCGACCAUUCAGGAGAGCUUCUGCACCAACUGGAACUGCCCAGCCCGCUUCCAGGAGUUUGUUCAGACGACCAUCAAUAUCAACCCACCACGAGAACAGCCUCACAAAGAUCUCAUCCAGUCAGCGGUCGACAAAUUUUUCUGUCCAAGGAUUCUUUUCUGCAAUGAACUGGGGUGUGAUGGCCUGAGGGAGUUCUCACAGAGGGUAUUCUGCCACGGAGCUCCUCCUUUUGUCAUCCUCAACAUGCAGCUAUGGAAGUCGGAGGAGCUGGCUUGCGUACCGUACCACCUUGACCUCUCUGAGCACAGGUACUCACUAGAGGGAGCCACACUCUUCAAUAAAGAGGAGCAUCACUACUCUGCGGCCUUUCAGAUCGAUGGCUACUGGAUGCACUAUGAUGGGCUGCGCAGCGACAACCUGAUUCUGCUGAACAAACCUCCAGAACUACUGCUGCUCUCCUCACUGGUUUAUAUCCGGAUUGAUAAGGCUUGCUUGGAAUCCAAGAAAAAUAUGGACUAUACUAGUUCUGGGAUGCCACACAAAAAACUGAGAAAUUUCCCGUAUGUACUUUGGAAGAAAGUUGUGAUUUCCAUAGUGGUGCUGAGAACUUCGUCAUGCCUGAAGAUGCUCUCUAAUACAGAAGUCAUUGUGUCUGAACUGAAAACCGAAAUGCAGAAAAGUAAGUGGCUGGUAAUAGUUAAAUCUCUAAUGCUGAAUGUGUGGUGGAUAUUAAGGCAUAGACUUUGGAUUAGAAUUCAGGUCUGUUCAGCAUUGUGCGUAAAGGUCGGGAUGAAAGCCUGUGUUCUGGAUGCACCCGCUUUAGUGUCGGCCUGAUUUUGCAGUGCAUUUUACUACAAUAUGUCACAUUAACCAUGAACUUCACUGCCCACUGUUAUCAGCCUUUAAUAUUUAAUACCAACAAAUGUUUUUGACAUUGUUUAAAUACCAAAUUUUUAAAAUCUUGAUAUGCCAAUUUUAUUAUUCCCCUUUUCCUAUCUGACAUUGUUGAAUAACAUUAUUUCCUGCUUUCAUUGCCAUUUCCAAACUAUGCAGGCAUUUAAUACCACAUACUGUUUUUUUAAAAGCGAAUAAAAUAUUUUUAUACCCAA